AUGAUUGGUAUGGCAAAUAUUUUGGGUGAAAGUGAUCAUUGGACGAAAGAUUUUGUAACACCUUUGCAUACCAUAUUAAUUGGCCUUCCAAAAACUUCUGGUCAACGUAUCAGUAGUUUCGCUAAACGAAUUGAUGAUAUUUGCAAGUUAAAUGCAGAAUUUACGAAUUGUAUAAAUAGCUGUGGCGAUAAAACCACUGGACAUAUAUUAUUGAAAGGUCAAAUCGCCUGGACAAGCAUUUGUGAUGCAUAUCAUUAUAAUACUGGUGAUUUUUUAUCAUUCAUUAUACCAUGUUGGUCAAGGUAUGGUAACAAUGUUGUAACACAAUGUGCAAUGCAAACAUCAAUCUUACAACAUGCUGCAUCAAAUCUAGUGGACAAUGGGAUACAAAUGGUCAACGAGCAUCUUGAUGAUUUAUGCAAGUUCGCAAGAAAAAUUAAAACUUUUGCUAGCAUAUCUAAAUAA